AUGGAUCAAGUCGGCGCGAAACGAUACUGCUGCCGGCGCAUGCUGAUGACACACGUCGAUCUGAUUGAGAAGUUGCUACAGUAUGUUGGAGAUAUUUGCUUUGCCGAAGAUGACGAUGGGAAAGACGACUAUUCGAAUAGCAUGGCUGACAAGGUAUCGAAUAGAUACGACCCUUCCGAACGACGAAUUAAGACCCAACCAUGA